AUGCGCUCGGAACCGGAAUCGCUCGCCCCGCCGCCGCGGGGCGAGGCGUGCUGCUCCUGCGGCUGUGUGCGGUGCGGCGCCACGGCGGGAUGGCGUCGCUCUGUCAAGAGGAAGGUAGAGGAGAUAGAGGGGAGCGAUGCGCCCCCCAGACGGGGUGGGUGCUCGAUCCAUGUCGAUGUGGCGGCUCGGGUGGACGUGGAGAACGAGGUGGCGGCCCUGCGGGAUGCCGUGGCAAGGCACCAGAAGACGGUUGCCGAUCUGUACGCGGAGCUGGAGCAGGAGAGGGCGGCGUCGGCUUCCGCGGCGACCGAGGCCAUGUCGAUGAUCCUUCGGCUGCAGCGGGAGAAGGCUGACGUGCAGAUGGAGGCACGCCAGUUCAAGCGGUUCGCAGAGGAGAAGAUGGCUCACGACCAGCAGGAGCUGCUGUUUCUCGAGGAUCUUAUAUACAAGCGCGAGCAGUCACUCCAGACCCUUUCUUGCGAGGUCCAGGCCUUCCGCCAUCGCCUCCUCAGCCACGGCGUCGAUCCCAACUCUGUCUCGCCUACCGGAGGGGAGGAUGAUAGCGAAAGAGACACUCAAUAUGAUUAUCCGACCUACCAAUACCCAUUAUUGAGGUGCUGCGCGGAUUCUCGACGGCUGAACCCAAACAUCAACGAUGCCGAUCUUGACAAGUUUCCUCCGUCCGAGAUUCCACGCCGCAGGGAGCAUUUGCAGAAUUUGGAGCGGAGAAUCCUUCAUCUCGAGCGGACCCCGAGCCAGGCCAGCCUGGUGAACGAGAUGGAGAAAGGCAUGGUGAUGGGUUCCUCUUCUCCCAAUUGUGGGGGGGCAAACCACGUCCGGGAAUUCUCCUCUGAUGCUAUCAACUCGCUAGUGGCCAAGAAUCCAAAUGGAAAGCAACAUGAGGAAUUUCCGGUGGCAUUCGACGGGUCCUCUGAUUUAGGAGGGGAUGAAGAGAGUAGCAGCGACAGGGUGUACACGAUCGACGCCGUGCACAGUUCCACUCCAACGGUUAGGGUGUGCGAGGAACGUCUAGGAACGCCGAGGGACUUGUUAUCCUUGGGUGACGCCAUCAGCGGCAGAGAGGAGACAGACAUACAGAAGCUCUACAUGAGGCUGCAGGCACUGGAGGCUGAUAGGGAAUCGAUGAGACAUGCAAUCAUGUCGAUGGGGACAGAGAAGGCACAGCUGGUGUUGCUUAAAGAGAUUGCUCAGCAAUUUUAUAGGGAAGCUCCGCCUUCACCUCCACCUGCAAGAAAGCUUGUUAAGAAGCAAUCUUUUCUUGGUCGCUUCUCAUUCAUGUCCGCCAUUAAGGUAAUUGGGAAACUUCACGACUCCCCUUCCAGACAUUGUCUACCUAGUUAUUAGGUUUAAUGUGCAGGAUUUGAACUUUUUUUUCCCCGAAUGAUAAUAGAUAGUUAAGCAUCUCUUGAUCUCAUUAUCCUAUUACAUGAAGUAACGCCUGGAUGUACGUGUGUCCUCUAUUAGACUCAUGUGGCUGUUGUUUUCACCCUGUCAGACUAUGGUUCUUGAACGAAGCGCUAAUGGUUGUGUGGAUUCUUGAGCAGUGAGACUAUGCAGCAUCAUUUUCUUCGUUUGUGGCUGAUCAGUUCCUGCGACUUCGUUUGCAAUGAAAAUUUAACUCAUUCCUCGAGGCAAUAAGACUCACUAAAAUCAUCAAAAGUCACAUCUGAGUGGGAUUGGGGAAGUGGGCAUUGUCGGUUUUUUCGUUUUAGUCGGUUAAUAUAUUUAAUUUAUAGAUUGAUGUUAAAAAUGUGUCCUAACUAGCCUUCUUUGAGAUAAUGCAGGGUAUUAGAAUCUUGACUCAUGUUAAUGUAACCCAUCAGCUGUCUACAUUUAGAGUAUUGACAUGCUGGUUGUUUUAUUUGCUGACUUUGCCGCCAGUCAUUGCACUGGGAGGUGAAUGUGUUGAAAUGCUUUUUUCGAGUAUAGAAACUUAAUUAUUUUGUACGUCUGUUCAAUUGCUUAAAAUUCAUACAUGAAAUCUCAAGAAAUUAAGGGGAGGCAUUCUAUAGCCUUUUCCCCCUCUUGUCAUCAGUUUUAGUUUCUUUGGAAUGUUAAUCUCGACGCAAUGAUGCCUAGGGUUAUUUGUUGGGACAAGAAUUCCUUGGAGAUAUUUGCAGAGUGGUGGUGUUCAUACACCCAUUCAAACAGUGAUUUGGGAGAAAAAAAAUUAGUCUUUAAAUGUCUAACAACGACAAUUUUUUGGGUCGUUGGUUGAGACUGACUCUUUCCCAUCAUCUGCUGUGUUGCAGUGGGCCAUCUCAUUUGUGUUUUGGAGGAAGACUCCGAAUCAGAAGGCUCCAAAUCAGACGAGGUAAGGCCACCUGUGCUUCUUUUUUCUCCUGUUCUUAUUAUCAUCAUCAUUAUCGUCAUUGUUGCAUUGACCACCUGAUGUUGGUGUUCUUUGGCAUCUACAACUCCAGAUAUAUGUUUGAUGAGGGCAGGGUGGGCUUGCUUCUGCUUCUGGAGAAUUCUCCACUGUGGCGACAACAAUGGCAGCUGAGGAUUCUCCCCAGGCUACGAGGCAAGACAGCCAUUGGCUCCAGUCACUGCACAAUACCUUUGAAGUCCCCCUCCUAA